AUGGUCACCCAGCUCACCGACCCGGAAAUCGUUAGCCAUAACCAGAAGGCGACAUCAUCCGUUGAUGAAGCAGCCAAGUCCGCCAAUAACGAGCAUCAUGCUGCAGCCCUACCAGGCGGCCAGGUUUACGCAAAGAGUUCCAAGAGCGGUGAACAAGGGAAAGUUCAAGUCGACGAUCCUGUGACGAUGAGCAGCGUAAUUCCAGAGACCUCAGAGAAAGACGCAGAGCCGAAGACAAAGGAUGUUAUAACGGAUGCCGCAGCCGUCGACAGCACAGGGAGUGAACCUCGCGAGUCCUCCCAAAAGUCACCGGAGGAAGGCGCUUCAUCGUCAGAAAGUCAACCUAGACCAGAAGAUGUGGACAUGACAAAGCUCUUUGACCGUCUUUUCAAAGAGACGGCGCAUCUAAGCCGCGAAGAGUUAUUGGCACGGAUGCCUUGGAUGCCAAAAGGAGCAGAGCCGAUAGGCGUUGAUGUUGAAACGGCUAUGGGUUGGAUUGAUGAUAUAACAGAGAAACACAUUCGCUCCUUGGAAGAAGAUGAUGGGAACUAA